UAUAUAUGAAGGUGGCUAUCACGUUGUCAAUAAUGUGAACCCCAAAUCAUCCAAAUAAGUCGUUUUAGUUGUUACCACGUUUGCUCAAAUUCAAACCCCACAACCCAACUAUAAAUACCAGCAACAAUCUCAGCAUUUCACAACACAAAAUCUUGAGAACAGUCCUCCUACCUCGUAUCGUCUCAACGAUGGCAAGCCGUCGACUCCGCGCUGUCCUUCCUUUCCUCUUCCUCGCCCUGCUCCCCCUCUUGACGAACGCCUACGAGACUACCCCAAAGCCAGCAGCGAAGGUGGCUGAUGUGGUGGUGGAAGGCCUCGUCUACUGCCAGAGCUGUGAGAACUAUGGGUCGUGGCACCUGAACGGAGCUAAGCCUAUUAAAGCGGCCACCAUCAGCGUCAUCUGCAAGGAUCACAGGAACCGAAUAAGCUACUACAAGGCGUUUAAUACUGAUAAAAAUGGUUACUUCUACGCGGAGCUUAAGGGAUUCAAGAUGAGCCACUCUUUCUUGGACCAUCCCCUGCAUUCAUGCAAAGUAAAACUGGUGUCUUCCCCUCUCAAAACCUGCAACCUUCUCACUAAUGUCAAUUAUGGACUCAACGGCGCUCCACUUCGCUAUGAAGACAAGAGGAUCGUUGGAAGUAACUACGAGGCAGUGAUAUACGCUGCGGGUCCACUGGCCUUCCGCCCGAAUAAUUGUGUUCAAAAGGAGGAACCCGAUGUUAAUUAUUAGAUCCCCCAAGCCCUGAUUAAGCUCAAUUUCCAUUUUUCCCUAUGUUGUUUAUCAAUCAUUGAAAACAUUCUAUAUGUAAGCUAAAUUAUUGAUGAAGUAUACUAAGCAGCUUCUUGAUUUUA